AUGGACGCCGGCCGCAGGGACGUGCAGGCCGCGCUGGAGCCGCUGCGCCGGCGCGCUAUGGACCUGUACGCGCUGUUCGACGAUUCUGAGAUCGCCGCCGAGCGCGCGUGGCGCGACGAGCUGCCCGCGCUGCAGUCCUUCAUAGGCGCCCUGUCCAAGGCGCGCGGACUGGUGCGGGAUGAGAUCAAGGAGAGGGAGGAGGGCCAGGAGCGGGGGCGGGCGGCGGCGGCGGAGGGCGGGGGCCGCCUCGCCGUUGAGGCGGGCGGGCCGGAGACGCCGCGGGUCCGGUCGAUCCGCGACGACCUCAAUCGGCUGCGGGAGCAAGUGGCUCGGGUGGAGGGCGAACUGCGGGAUCUGAGGGUGAGGAUGAACCAGGCGCAGCCCGCGAAGGAGAUGGAGAUCUGCGAGGCGACGGUAGCGGUGCUCACGGACACUCGUCGAUUGUGCCUGAAGGAGGCGGGAAGGCUAGAGUCUCUUUUGCAGAGGGAGGAGAAGUCCAGAAAGGCGCAACGAUCAGGCAAGGACGACCAAACGGAGCUCGCAAAGCUGAAGGAGCAGCUGCGAAGGACGGAUGCAAAGAUCGACAGGGCCAAGCAGUGUUCCUAUUUUCCUGCAGCGAAGGGCUACAGGUUUCGUGCCGGCAGCCUCGGGGUGUAUGUUGGCGCAAGGGACCUACAGCUGUCCGAAAUAUCUGGCGGCUUCUUGCUAGAGGCCACUCCAUCAACUGAGUCUGGCGACAGAAGGGUUGCCAAAGUGAAAAUACACAUGGCAGCUAGCCAAAGCAGUCCAAGGAGGCCAACCAGGAGGAUGAAGUGGUCUUCCUGGUCGGCUUCAGGUGAUCUGCCGUCAGUUCAGCACAUGCCCAGUCCAACACCCAAAGCAGGCUCACCAGAACGUGCACCCAGCGAUCAAGGCACUCCCAGAGUGAGCGAGGAUGCUCAGAAUACCCAGCCCCGGCCCAUCGACAGGGAAAAGGGUGCUUUGUCCCCUUCUCUUGUUGACAAUGCUGGCAAGAUGGGCAGCUGCAUGUUUGAUCAAGAGGGCUUCAGCGUGCCCAUGGGCAUCCAGGCAUCCAUUUCUUCUGGGUCCAAAAGGUCCAGGGUCAGGAGGACGGCCUUGAAGUUCAUCAACAAGAUCGCAUCCAAGGGCAAGUACAGCCGGCCCAAGCAUGACGCCCACCCUGGCCAGCCCUCCCCGCCUCACGGAAAUGGACGGGGUGUGUCUGGUGUUGGGCCCUCUGCCAGUGUCGACGCGCAUGCCAAGAGGCCUGGCCUUGGGAGCAGGUUCUUGAGCAAAGUGGGCAGCAGGGUGUGGAGAGGGUCUAACAAAGAGCACAGCCGUCCACAAGACUGGUUUGAGGCUGUGGAUUUGGCCAAUCCACACGGUGGUGGUGAUGCUGAACAGCAGCACAGUGAGGCUUGGGACCGCAUGAGUCAGUUAGAAGGGAGUGUGUCAGCGGAAGGGAGUUCUGCAGCUGAGAGCGGAGGGGAGGAGGCUGAUGAUAGUUCUGACGUCGUUCGUCAUGGCCAACCAGAGGAAUCAAAUGGAGAGCAAAAUGGUGGCUGUGUGGUGCCGAUCCAGGAAGACACUGGCGUGGUAGGUUCACUGCCUGACUCAUUAAGAAAGCCUGAGGCUCAUGGCACGGAAGACGUGGCUGUGCAGUCGGCAACAGAAGCCCAAGGUGUUCCUGUCGGUGCAUCAGAGGGCGACCUGCACGUGGCCUCUGAGUUGCGAGACCUGCACCAGGAUUAUGGGCCUAGUCAGGCAGUGGGGGCACAAACCUUGGCAUUGACAGAGGAGACUGAGGGGGCAGUUAAUGCAAAGAGGGGUGACGGGGCUGAAUUGGGGCAAUCACAGGAUCAGCAGUCGCAGGGAGAUGGGCUGCCCAGCACAAGUGGGCAGGACAGCUUAACUGGGGAGCUGAGGCGCACAGGCGUGUUUGUUCGUGUGCAUGGCGAGCACGUGGAGCUUGUGGGGGAGAAGGGGAGCCAUGUGCCCAACAUGACUGUCAUGGACAUCGUCCUUGAGGUUGAAUGUGUAUUCUCCCUGGAGCUAGAGUACUCAGCAUCCAGGGGCUGGCAGGCGCCCACAGGGAUAACACUGGAAAUAUUGAAGCUGAAGAAGUGGGUUAGGGGCAACUCCAUGCCGCUUCCAGGCGCGCUCAUCCGGACUUUGCUGAACAUGGUGCUCCCAAAGCUUGUGGAACGAGCCAUACUGGCAUCCUUGCCUGUCGAGCUUGGGGACUACAUCAUUGAGGCAGGGCGCCACAUGUUUGUCAGUGGGGACAUCGCGGCCAUUGGGCCACCUCUCUCGUCGACUAAAGCCAUCUUGUCAGCGAUGCCGCCAAAGGGGAGCCCCACCAAAGUCCGCAGCCACCAGGUGAAGGAGUGGGCAUUCGCCCGAGAGGCACGCAACAUCCUGCAAAUAAGCAGCGAGCAGGCAGAAGCACUGCAGGCACUUUUUUCCUUCCCAACAGGCCUCCUGCCAACUGCCCGGCAGUGCUCCAUCUCGGAGCUGUCCAGCUUCUACCUAAAGUACUGCGGAUCAGAACUCUGGUGGCCGCUGUGCAACAUUUGGGAGGAGGGGCUGCACGUCGUGCAGCAGCUGCAGGGAACCAGCUCGCCGCUCAGUUUCCAUCAACUUAUGGAGACCCGGAUCGCCGCCCUGACACGCAAGCCAGUCCGGCUGCGCUGCGCGUUGAAGCGCCUGGCAUGCAUCGUCAAUGUGGACGCAGCACUGAACGCAAUCAGGGAUUAUUUCGAGCGAUCAGCUAGAGAGGCCCAAUCCUCUCAAGGCAGCUUGGGCCAUGAGCCUGUGCCCUUUGAGCAGCAGCUUUCAGCCCUGGACGCUUGGCACCACGACAUUAGCUCCAGUCUCUCCAUGUUCAAGUCCAACUUCAAGAGCGCCACGUGCUCUUUCGUUUUCUGUGCGGAUGCCCAGAUGUUCCAAGUUGGUGUCGAUUCUUUGCGUUACGAAGGUCCUGUCAGCAUAAAGGUUCCCGUGGGCACCAAGGCCAACGAGGACGGCACCCUGUCCUUCAAGGUGCGUGUCCCGGGCGUGGCCCGCGGCACGAAGUCGUCGCUGCUGGACGCCCUGGCGCAGGCCUUCGCGUCACUGCAGGCGGUCACCGGCGCCGAUGACGUGCCCCAAGCCCCACCAGGCGGAGAGCACGUCCGGUGGGCCUCAGAGAACGGCGCGGGGCAGGGGCCAGGUGUUGGCGGCGAGGCCGCCGGCUGGGACAACGACCCAUCUUGGGUGAUGGGCAUGCGCCGGGCGGCGGAAGCAGAGCCGCACAAGCCGUCGGGGGUGUUCGAUGAGGGGCCGCUGGGGGAGGUGCUCGUGCACAGGCUGUCCGUGGGCAUCAGCCUUAACGAGCGAAACCUCGCCGACGCCCUCUUGGGCCGGGAGGACUCCGCUGCCAAGGGGCCCUUGCUGAACCCCACCGGUGUGGAACAGCUGCUGGGCUGCCUGGGCGAGGUGCUGUCAUGCAGCUUCGGCCCGGCCUCUCCCACAGAUGGGGGCCUCGGUCCCACGAGCCCGUUCGUCGUCAAACUGGAGUCCACCGAUCUCGCGAGGCUAAGGGUCGGCGUAGAGACCCUGGGCUUCCAGAGCUUCGUGUCCCCUGCGACGCUAAUCAGGAUGUCGCAUUUUCUGGUGCACGAGACGCUGUCCGCGUACCCGGGCUGCGACAGGCGCAAGCUCUUCUUGGUGGACCGCGCCUUCCGCCACACCAUCUCCUACAUUGACAAGCAGGCCCUCGACCUGGCGCUCUGCGCGCUGCUCAGGGCGGAAGUUAAGGGCGGCAGCCUGCUGGUGGCCCUGACAGAGUCCACUGAAGACGGCUGCAUACAGGAGCCCAUCAACGUCCUGAACGACGUGGAUUUGAUGACAGUCAUCGACAGCCUCGCCAUGAUACAGGAGGACAGCGGGUAG